AUGAUGAGCGCCAUUGUGAUCUACAGAUCGAUUGCGGAGUCAGCGCACAACCUCAUCGGUUCCUACGAAGCCGGCUACAGCCGGGUCUACCGCUAUACUGUAGCUGAUGUAGUGGCUACUCAAGAGGCUACAGAAGAAGCGCUCCUCAUGGUUGCACCGGAGAUUACAGAAGAAGGGACAGAGGCUACGACGGAGGCUACCGAUGAAAGCGGCAUGAAUGGAGCGGCAGUGCCGGAGGCUACAGAGCAAAGCGGAGGCUGCCAACAUGGCGAAGAUGACCCACGGCUGGCGCGAACAUUGAAGAGCGUGCGCAUGCACUUCGCGCUUGAGCGCUCCGUUUCGCUGUACGAGGCACUGUCGGCGCACGUGCUGGACGCGUCCACAGGGACGUACGUUUCCUGGGUGGCGUCGAGCAGCUUUCUCCUAUCCGCGGCGGCGCUGCUCUUCGCCUUCGUCCCGGGAGAGGUCUACCAGGAGCUGGCGGGGUGCCACACCCAGCAGUAG